AUGUUCUAAUAUUUGACACUGAGAUUGAAAGUACUUUUAUAUAAAGUGCAUAAAGUAGACUAAAUUUUUCAAACUUAAACUAAACUACUGGCUCAUUUAUAAAAGCAUUUCAAACUAUAUUAGAAGCCAGCAACAUUUUAAUUUAAGACACUCUUAAUAAUCUAGAAACUCCUUUUUACCAAGUUCAUCAGAGCUCAAUAAAAUUCACCAACUUUGAGAUAUUUAACCACUCUUCAAUAGAUAGUAAACUCUUCAAUUUCUAGAGGGAUAAACCUAUAGCAAAAUGGAUUGGCAUUCUCAAUAGCUGAUUCAUUUCUUAAAAUCACAAAUUCAUCCAUUAUUGAUUUAUCAUCUAACCUAGGAGGAGCAAUAUAUUCAAUUGAUCCAAUUAAUUCAUUGAAAAGAUCAAUGAUAGAAAUACAAAACAGCAGUUUCAAUUAUUGUAGUGCAAAAUUAAACGGUGGUGUAAUAUUCACUUCAAAUGCUGAUAUUGAUAUUUCAUUGAGCUAUUUUAAAUAAAAUUCUGCAAUUAUAAGUGGUGGUGCAAUAUUUACUGCUUGCUCAAUUUUAAACGAACAAGGAUGUGAAUCUCAACUCAUAAAUAAUAGUUUUGUUGGCAAUAGUGUCGGAACUUCAGGAGGAGCAAUAUACUACGAUUUAUAUAGACCUAAAAUGAUUAAAUCAAAUUUAUUCUAGUAAAAUAUGGCAAUUUAUGGUCCUAAUAUAGCAUCCUUCCCUGUCAAACUUUAAAAUCAAAAUGAGAGAUAGGAUGAAGCUUUCUAAUUUGCAAGUGGAAUAGAAAUAGAAAAUCUUAUGAUUUAUAAUCUCUAUGAUUAAGAUGAUUAGUAAUAUAUACUUGAUGGAAAUAGCUAUUGUAACAUUGGGUCUUAUGAUAUCCUAGUGUCAAUUUAAGGGAGAUAAAAGGUGCAAGCAUUCGAGGGCUCUUGUAGCUUUAGUGGAAUUACAAUUAUAGCUAUGCCAAGCUAUGAAUCUUAAAUUUAUAUUGAGAGCGACGCUAUAGAUAAACAAAAGCUUUAAAAGAUUGAUUUAAUUGAGAAUUAAAAGUUGAAGGAAAGCAUAAAUUUCAGAAAGUGCAAUAUAGGUGAAGUAAAUUAAAACUAAAAAUGUAUUAAAUGUCCUUAAGGGACAUUUAGUUUUGAUAUCAGUAAAAAGAUUUGCGGAAAAUGCUUAGAAAAUUCUUAAUGCCUUGGUGGAAAUUAGGUUGUAAUAGAUGAAUAAUAUUGGAGAUCUUCAAAUUAAAGUGAAUAGAUUUACAAAUGCUUGCACUCUAAAUCUUGUUUAGGAGGAAUAAAUUCAGAAUGCGCUGAGGGAUAUUACGGUAAGCUUUGCUCAAUAUGCAAGUUAGAUGAAAAUGGAAAGCGAUAUGCAAGUUCUGUUUUAAAAGAUCCAAGAAGAAAUAAGCCAUAGACAGUAUUACUCAGAAUCUUAGUAGGAUACUUUUAGGUCAUUAUGAUUUGUAAAGACUUUGAAAUGUAAUGGCCCGAUAAUGUUGAAUUAAUGCUUAGCUAUUUUUCAAUUUUCUCCUCAUCAUAAAAGAACUUAUUCUCUAUAGAUUGUGCAUUAACCGAAUCGGGCUACUUAGGAGAUGAUAUUUUUAAAUCUAAAUUGCUCUUGUUUGGUUUAUUACCUGUUAUUUUGAGUAUUUUUUCUGCAUUUUUAUGGACAACUCUCAAACUUAUAUGUAAUAAAUGCUUUAAGGAUGUAAAAAUUAUUCCUAAAAUAUAAUUGACAAGUUUUGCUAUUAUUUUGCUUUUAUACCCUACAGUGAUUUCAGUAUGUUUUUAGAUUUUCCAAUGUUAUUAAUAUGAAGAUGGAAACUCAUAUGUCUAGAGCUAUAUGAAUCUAUAAUGCUGGGGAAUGUAACAUAAAUAAAUUUCGCUAUUGAUCGGUCUUCCAUUUUUAGCUUUAUGGGCAUUAAUAUUCCCAGGGAUUAUUUUGUAUAAGCUUAAAGGAAUUAGUGAUAAUUUAAAUAGUCCUGAAAACCUCUAACUCUAUGGAAUAUUUUAUGUAGGUCUAAAUGAUAAUGCAUAUUAUUGGGAGAUAAUAGUUGUUAACUUUAAAAAGCUUUUGUUCAUCCUAGUCUCGACAUUUGUUCCUUAGAGCUCAUAGAUUUUUAAAGCUUUGAUAGGUAUAAUACCCUUGAUAUUUUAGGCUUAACUGACUAAGAAAUUAAAACCUUAUAUUGAUCCAAGAUUUAACAGAUUAGAUUUUCAUGCGACAUAUGCUUCUGCCUUGACUCUAUAUGGAGGCUUAUUUUUCAUAAACUCAGAUGUUCAAAAGAAUGCUCACUUCCUUACAGUCUUAUUUAUAGUUAUACUUCUCUAUAACAUUUACUUCUUUUGCUUCUGGAUCUUGUUAUUUCUAUAAAAUUUACUAAGAAUCUAUGGAAAGUAUCUGAAAAAAUUGAAUGUAAAGAUAUUUAAGAAUCUUAAAACUAUCGAAGACUUUGAAAGCAGCAGUUCUUUUAGAUAUACUAGCAAGUAAAGCAAUAUUAUGUCUUAAAGAAAAUUAAUUCCUAAAAAGCAAGCUAGUGAUAUUACAUUGGAUAACACUAAAUUUAAUCAGCAAUCUACAUUCAGGAUAAUUUUCAAAUAAACUAAGAAAGUACCUUCACUAAACUAAAGUUAAAUUGGUGAAAUUAAUGAUUACAGUAUAAAUAAUAUUCCAGAAGAAUUCAGAUCACCUCGUAAGAAGUCAGUUUUAAAAAAUAAAAAAGUUAUGAACAAAAAAAAGAGGAUUGCUGGAAAAAACACUAAGAUAUUUCAAUCAGCUCUUUGA